AUGAUCUGCAUCGCUCUUCCCCGUUUACCAGGCUCCAGAGGCGAAAGCUCUAGCAUGACCGAGAACCUCAUAUUCAUAUUUGAGUUACUAAAAGGCGUGACCAAGAUUUUCACCAUCACGCGGUCCUGGCUGGAAAAUAACCUAUUUGCUUCCAAGAACGGCUUCUAUGAGAAAUCUGUUACCCCACUAGAUGCUGGAACUGAGGCUGCUUUGACCCGUCUAGCCGAUCUAAAUGAUACACUCCUGUCUAGCGUUGAACCAGGCCAACACAGUAUCAUCAAAGAUGCCAUCUCUCAUCUUCGUCGCUGCUUUGCUCGCUAUGCUCAUGAACAGGAUGCAGCGUCAGUUCUGUCCUGGCUUGCGGGCGUCGAUAAGGAGUUUGUUCAUGUUGUUUGUCGUCGCCAGCCGCUUGCUUUGCUUGUCCUCAUGCAUUGGGGUGUUCUACUAGCUGAGCUUGAUGGGAAAACAUGGUGGGCUAGGAAGUCUGGCUCGGCCCUCGUCUCUGAGAUAUUGAUUGCUCUGCAGGGGGGUGAUGCCCGGUGGGAAGAGGCGGUGUUAUGGCCGAAACAGAAACUGGGUCUUUAA